AAUGGAAGGGUUAAUUUGGACCUCAGCGCUGCAAAAGUGUUGGGAAGGGCCGCCCCCCCCCCCGCAGGAAAAUAAGGGGCUGAAGCUCCGGGAGGGGAGGAAGAAAAUAACGUUGCUGGAAGCUCACCUGGGAAAAGGUUGGUUGCAUUUUGGGAGUUCAAGCCUGGAUGAUGGAUGGGGCCAAGGAAUGCGUUGGAACCAGGCUGAGGCUUGCAGCUCCUUGCAACCUGUAGGGCUGUGAUGAUAAAGAGUGGAGAGGAGGCUUGGAAAUGUAGGACCUUUUUCGGUGGAAACAUGCAUAAGCUUGCACCCCAAUUUAAUUGGCAGAAGAGACCCCCAGAAUCUGCUCCAGUAUAGCAGACUCCUAAGAGAUAUGUGGCAAUGACAAGCACAUCUCUAGGCAUGUUCAGAGUACCUUCCUUUACGUGGCCUCCAUUACAACCUGGCCCUAUACAUUUACAAUUUCAGGAUGCAGUUGCUUACCUAAUUCCCUCCAAAUUGCAACCCUGGUCAUCUGCAUCUAAUGGAGCCAUUAUUGACCAUGCCAGCAAGAGAUGGUAGAAAUAGUUCAACAUAUUUGGAGAGUAUCUGGUUUCUGAAAGUUGUUUUAAGGAGUAAGAUAAACUUGAGCAAACCACAGCAUGUAUGUACGUGUUACAAAAAUGAAUAACCCCAAUUUUCAUAUUGUAACAGAGAGGUAUGUACAAAACAAGCAAAAUCCAGAGAUUAAAAAUAUAAUAAGCAAAACAAAAAAUGCAUCAAGAGUGAUAAUAUCAAGAGGCAGGGACUUGGGUAAGCAUUUGCAAGUUCUAUUAAGUUUGAUUUGGAAGAAAAGGCUUGCUUUUGGCAUGUUUGACGUGAGGUGGGGAGAGGAAGCAAAGUAUGUGUUCUGGAAAAUAUGACAUGUUAAACAGUGGGAAGGAUGAUGUCCUGGACAUGACUGCAAAUGUUGGAUUUGGUUGGACAGGACUCAAGGGAUGCUAAGAGGAUGGAGAAUCUCCUGGAAUGUCUUGUAAAGGCUGGGGUAUAAUUAUUGUUAAUAAAUAAAUAAUAAGAAUCUAGACCCCUACAAUUUUGAGAUGAAGUUUGAAUAUGGGAGUACCAGUUUCUUUCAGAAAGGGGAAGAGCAUUAAUUGCUGUGGUAGACUGCAUAAGUUUGGGAACAAAAAUACCUGCGGGAAAAAGGAUCAGGUUGUGAGUAUCAUCCUAAAGGCCCUUGUGUGUUCUGGGGUUUGAUGAUUAGAUGUGGAUAGAACAAAGAACUCAUCUUGGCAUGGAUACCUGAAACUGAGAUAAUUUAUAAAACAAAUCUUGAACCACACCAAAUGCACACAAUCUUGUCAGACUAAAAUAUAUGUGAAGCCCAUAUUUAGGCUUUUAACCCAUUAAACUGUUGAAAUAACUUCCUAGUAAGCCUGCAUUCACCAAGCACAUGUUAAGACAAGCAAUGCCCAAGGUUUCAAGGGCAUUUCUGGCAUGUGCCUGAUUUUGCUAGGCUUCAGCCAGCUAUUUCUCACAUGUUAGGUACUGAAAUUUAAGAAACAGAACCAGGGAUCCUCCAUACAAGGGUCAUGUGUUUUCAUUUCCCCCUUCUUUUCUGCUCAGCUAGAAAUUCUUUCUCCAGCAGAUAGAAUAUAGUCUGGAAAGGCAAGCAAAAUGUUCUUGGAGGAACAUAAUAAUGAACACAGACACAACAUGGUUGUGUAUAUAUUGCCUGAGAAAUCUGAAAUGUUGCUGUCACGGCAGUAUUUACACGGAGUGCUGAGCUCUCUGUGAGACGUCAAAAGCAAAUUUCAGCCUCUAGUUAUGAUUGGUGGAUUUAGCUUCUUCCUACAAAGUGGGUGUCAGUAGUGUGGCUUCUUAGGAAGAGGCCUGGUUUUAGUUCUUCCUCCCAAAGACAGUGUACAAAAGUACAUCUGUCUUAGCUAUGCAGACAUGUAGGUUGUUUGUACCUUCAGUGAGCCCUCAAGAGACUUUGACAACAAGGAAUUCCUUAUCUCAUUGUCUGUUGCUGCUAGGAAGCACACUGGCAGCAGAAAUUUAAAAACAAGGAGGGCUUGUUUUGGGGAACGGGAUUGCUUCCCUUCCCCAACCCCAAAUUUAUAUAUAUAUUAAAUCGAUGUCUCUCUAGCACUGCAAGGCAGUGGUGAGCCAACGUUAGGUUUGUGAGAUUGAUCUCGCAGCUCUAUUAAAAACCAAGUCAAUCAACCAGAGCCAGGUGCAAACUGCAGGCUGUGAAGGGUGGACAAACUCUUGAGAAUUAAGGAACGGGUUUCUGCAAAUCACCCAGAGUUCUACCAGUAGAUUUCUGCCCCGCUGGGUAUAAAGAGUAGUCACUUGCCUCCACUUAAACUUGGAUUAUCAGCCAUUUUUAGUCAUAUUGGAUCACAAUUUCAUUUUUUCAUUUGGUGGUUAUGCCUCUUUAGGUGUUGCCUGAAGCAGAGGGUCAUGGCUUAUAAACAUUAAAAAUAAAUACAACGUAACAGAUUUCUGUUGAAAGAACUCCCUGGUCUGCAUAAGCCCUAAUUUGCAAAUAUUGUGGCUUCUUGAAGGGGGCUUAUGCAUAGAACUGCAGCUAAAUGAAAUUCAGGUGUUACUCUCAUGACCGAGCCUUGGGGAGCUACCUAAUUUUUCAGAUUGGAGAUGAUGAACAAGGUUAUGACCUAGACUUGUUCUGCAUACCAAAACAUUAUGCAGAAGAUUUGGAAAAAGUCUACAUUCCGCAUGGACUUAUUAUGGACAGGACAGAAAGGCUGGCACGAGAAAUUAUGAAGAGUAUGGGAGGGCAUCACAUUGUGGCCCUCUGCGUGCUCAAGGGGGGCUACAAAUUCUUUGCCGACUUGCUGGAUUAUAUCAAAGCCUUGAACCGAAAUAGCGACAAGUCUAUCCCUAUGACUGUUGACUUCAUCAGGCUGAAGAGCUACUGUAAUGACCAGUCAACAGGCGAUAUAAAAGUAAUUGGUGGGGAUGACCUCUCAACCUUGACUGGGAAGAAUGUCUUGAUCGUAGAAGAUAUAAUAGACACUGGCAAGACAAUGAAGACUUUGCUGUCUCUGCUGAAGCAGUACAACCCAAAGAUGGUGAAAGUGGCCAGCUUGUUAGUCAAACGAACACCUCGAAGUGUAGGAUACCGGCCGGACUUUGUUGGAUUUGAAGUGCCAGACAAGUUUGUGGUGGGAUAUGCUUUAGAUUAUAACGAAUACUUCAGAGAUUUGAAUCACAUUUGUGUAAUAAGUGAGACUGGGAAGCAGAAAUACAAGGCUUGACGGCACUGUUCUCGGCACUGCUGCCGUGGGCUCCCGAAGCUGACAUCCAUUUUCCACUGCUGCCGGCGCUCGUCACCAGCGCUCCUUGUGGGGUGCUCCACCCUUCUUGUCAUUGCUUGCUAUAACUUAUUGCAUGUACAGUGUGGGAUCUUGUCUCGUUCAUUUCCAUUUGACAGACUAACGGAGUGCAGUUGUUCAGUUUGUUACCUCUCUCUCCUCUUUUCCCUCUCUUCAAAUUUGCACUAUGAAUCUACCAAUUCCGGCUCCUUCCGUGUCGGAGAUUUGCUGUGUGUUGAACCCAAGUUGAACUGUCCAAGACAUCCUGUUUCUCCCCACCCCCCCCUUUUAAACUUCAUCAACCCAGAACUGAAAUAUUUACAAGUACUGUAAAUGUAUAAGGCAUUUUAAGAUGGGAAAUCUAUAUUAGUAAUAUUUUUUUAAAAAACAAGUAAUUUAAGAUUUAUAUUGUAAUGAAUGGAGAAGUUGGGUGAUUGCUAGCUGCCCCAGGAGGUGAGGACGCAGCUCCAUGGGGCAGCUGUUGAAGGCUGCUAUGCUCUUAAAGGCGUAUGGACAAAUGUUUUGCUAAACUGCUUUUUCUGGAGUUACCUUACUUGCCUCUUAGAAGAGCUUUGAGUAAAAAAAAGUUAUGUUGGCCUGAAAAGAGAGCAGGUGACCAAGUCAAAUGUUUAAGCAGCUAUCAAGGUUUCUGCCUCAUGUAGGAACAAACAGCACAGUACACUGAGAACUUCUCUCCCACAAGUCCUAAAGAAGAAAAUGGGAAUUCAUUCCCACAAGGCAUGCACACCAGAGGUUCCAGGAGGACUGCGUCCUGUUUUUCCUUUCCUUUCUCUCCAUCAGCUUAGCAGAGUCGCCUUUCAGAUCUAACAAUAUGUAUUUUACACCAGUGAAAAAAAUUGUAAUGUUCAGUGUUUGAAGUGCGCAAAACCAAUGUUCUUUCAAAUAAAGGUAGCACUUUGGCCGCUGUGCUGACUUCUUCCAUAUACUCAGAUGUGGUGCAGGCAUCUCACCAAUGCUUGCUUAUUCCCCCGAUUGGACUGAUUCCUGUACACAAGAAAGUAAGUUCCAUGACUGCGAAGAUCCCAGCACUAUGUAGAGCACAGAAUCAGUGCAGAACCCAGGAAGAAAUAGAACUGCUUUUGGCAGGAUACAUUCUCAGCCUGUUGGAAAGACACUCUGUGCUGCUCUGGCAAAGCCAAUCGCAAAGAUGAACUGUUCAUUAAACAAUUGUGGGUAAGCAGA